UAGAUCUAUAUUGAUCAGGCUUUCGAUCGAUCGUCUGGCGAAAGGAAAUACUUUACACCGAUCUCUGCCUAUAAAUGGAGGGGACCUUUCAAACAUAUUGUAGUCCCACAAGCAACUAUUAUUAUCCUGCAGCUAAAAAUUUCCCAAAAACUGUCUACAUUUUUGCCUGUGUUGUCAUCAUCAUCUUCUCCAUUUUGUCAACAGUCGGCAAUAUUGUAAUUCUACUCGCUCUUCGCAAGUGCCAGUCUUUACAUCCUCCGUCAAAAGCCCUGUUGUGCAGUUUAGCUCUAACGGAUCUUUUCGUUGGAUUGGUCGUUCUUCCAUUGUUUACAGCUGACUACAUGACAGUUAUUUUCGAAAUACCCGAGUAUUACUGCGCUUUAGCUAUUACAUAUGGGCGAACAUCAACCUUUAUUGGUGCCGUUUCGCUUGAGGUUAUAACCACAAUUGCCAUUGACCGAUAUCUCGCCUUCCGUCUUCGAUUAAGCUACAGACAAGUAAUGAAACUUAGACGAGUUGUUUUCAUUCUUGCUUUUGAGUGGAUCCUCGCAGCAAUUUGGACGGCAAGUUGGUUUUUGAGUGUAUCGUUCAAUAUGUUUUUCGGGGCAAUCGGAAUGUUCGGUUGUUGUUUCACUACAUCACUUUGCUAUCUAAGGAUUUAUUGUGGUUUUCGUCAACAUACUGCACAAAUUCGACAACAGACAGACCCCGAGCCCGCAAUCGAUCUAAACAUGGCUCAAUACAAGAAAACUGUAAAUAACAUGUUGUGGAUUUAUGGCGUAGUUAUCCUGUGCUACACACCACACUUUGCUUGCCUGCUCGCAAUAUUUAUUUCUGGAAUCAAUGAAUCAAACCGUUUUGCACUUCAUUUAAGCGCGAUUGCAAUAUAUUUCAAUUCUUCUCUAAAUCCCAUUCUGUAUUGCUGGAAAAUCAAAGAAAUUAGAUUCAAAAUUAUCGCUAUUUUACUUCCUCUAUUCAAUUAUUUCAGUGCAUUUGGUGGGUAGGUAACUGAAACAUAAUUUGGUAUAGAACCACAUAUUUAUCUUAUGAUGCCAGAGACGUCAACGAUGAACUUAGUUUAGGAAAACUUGUCUUCCAGCGCGAUAGAAAAAGACUUAUAAUAAGCUUCAAUUACUAUGCAGUUUUGAACCUUUUGAUGAAUAACUGGCAAGUGUAAAAGUGUUCAUUGACACCUAUAUGAUUUUUACUUCAACUUACUAAUAUUGCAAACUGUUUAAUGCAGUCUGGCAAACGUCUCCCACAAAGUGGCGCACAGCACAUUAGAGCAUAUUCAUAUGGAGAAUGCGCUACAUGAAUACAUCAUAAUCUUUAUCAUUUACUCCAUUUACCGACACCUGAAGUGUUGUUGGUCAUCCACCGAGUGAGAUGUAGAGAGGCAUAAUCUUUGUCCUUCCAUAAUGGCAUAACAUAAAGAAAUAAAAGACCUGAAAUGAAUGA